CCACCCCACCAUUCACCCAUCAUGGCAGAGCCAGGCUGGUGGAAGCUGACUUUCCUGAGGAGGAAAAAAUCCCAGCCCAAGGUUCUGUAUGAAAUCCCAGCAGAGUGUGUUUCCAACUCCACCACUGGCCAGCACGGAUCCGCCACAGUUACUGGAGCUGCUGCCCACCCAGAGGACACGGCGCGUGACUCUCAGCUGGAUGCUCGACUAGAGAGGAUUGUGGAUAAAACGACAGCCAGCAAGGGGCGCCAUGUUAAGGUGUCUCACUCUGGGAGGUUUAAGGAGAAGAAGAAAGUGCGUGCCACCCUGGCAGAGAAUCCGGAGAUGUUUCCGGGAGGUGACCAAACAAGGGAUGAGAACCAGAGGGCUGGGAACUAACAGGACACAUAAAUAUUUUCAAAGUAAAUAGUAAUAUACACGCAGGAAGACAUAACUACAUAAAGACAGAAAAACUUAAAAAAUUUGGUGUUUGGGUUGGCUCUGUCCUUGUUGUCAGCUGAUGGAGCCAUAAUAUCCAAAUGUGGGCAACUCUGAGAAAAACAAAAUUACCACUGAGGAGACACUCAUCAGAAUAAAUGAAAUUUAUAUUAGGCUUAUGUCUUCAUCCAUGACAACUUGAAGAGAUUGAGCCUACAAUUAUUCCAGUACAAGAUUCUCAACAACUAAUCUACUGCACUGCACUAAGAUCAAACCUUGGACUUUUCUGUUUCUGGGUGGCUUAUCUAAUUAGUCUCUACAAACAUAUAUCUGCAUGAAUGUAGACUCUGUAGGCGAAGGACCAAGACUUCAGCACUGGACAUGUUCUGGUUUCCAUUUGUAGUCUGAGUAGUCUGUGUGUGGAGCAAAAGAGGCAGACACAUUGGUUGAAAUGCAAUAUUCAGAACCCAUCGACUAUUGUCUGAUGAUGAUCCACUUUAUCUACAUUCAUAUGCAGAUAUCGAGAUUAGAAGAAAUGUGUCCUUCUCAUCAUCCUCGACUUUCAAGUUGGUACCUGGAGUGGUGGUUUUAGCCCAGAUAUCUGUAAAACAGACAAUAGCUAUCCGAGCCAAGACUUCCCGGUCACACCGGAAGCCCAGAAACAUUGGCUGUUGGCCACAGACAAAAUCUCAUAGAUUCUGAGAUUGACACAGUCACAUAAACAUCUAGUGGUCAUUGGACAUUGGACCCAUGUGAGAGUCUGGCAGCAAUGAACACUCAAAUCAGAGUUGGGAUCCAACAAUAUGCUUUGGAAGGUUUAGUAUAAUUUACAAAUAAUCAAGAUGAAGAUAUCAAAAUAAGACAAAAGACAAAAAUUGGUGAAACAAAUCACAAAGGUGGCAGGUAACCUCUUAAGUCUUGGACACAGUAGUAAUAAUAAAGUUGUUAACAUAUGCCUUUAACCAAUCAGAUUGGUUCAUUGAUUGGCUGUAAAUGUUCGAUAUUGAUUUCUUUUUGUUUUUUUUUACAGUGGAUGUUAAUGUUUGUGAUGAAACUGAUGUGAAGAAAAGUCAUUUUGUCGUGUGUCAUUAAAUCAUUACUGGACAAGCACAUUACUUAUAAACACUCCCUUAAAUAACUCAUUAAUUAGUAUUUCCUGAUUUAUUUCUGAAAAGGUCCAAUCACCCAAAUCAAAGUAUAAGAUAUUUUCUCAUUUACCCUUCCUGGUAUAUUUUAGAAAUAUCUACUACUGAAAUUUCUCCUGCAACUACAAUACAGAAGUUCUCGAAGAAUCUGAUCACAGUAACAUUUAAAAUAACAUUUCACAGUGAAAUAAAUUCCAAUUAAACUGUGGAACCGGUGGAAAACACAAGCGAUGAGUUUAACUUCUUUAACAUAUAUUAUCAAUGCAGGAAAAGCAAGGGUGGAAAUAAUAUAGUUAAUGAUGGUUGCAUUCUGUUUAGAUGAGACAGAUCGAAGGCUCUGACGUGGUUUACUGGGAUACUGGCAAUAGAACCAUGUCAUUAUUUCUACCUGUGCUGUUCCUGCUAAGUCAUAAUGUCAGCCAUGAAAAGUCGAUUGUGGGAACCUCUGGUCCACUAUUAGAAACUCCAGAU